UUCACUCAACAAUCACAUGCAUGAAAUAUGUCUCUUGUGUUUUAAUGGCUGAAGAAUUUAGUUUAAUGUUUGUUUAAGUUAGGUAAGUCAUAGUUUAAGUUAAAAUAACAAAUAAAUGGAGUCAGUAUCGGCUCAACAUCGGUAUCGGGGCCUUAAUUACUCUUAAAGGGAGAUGCACAGUAACAUUAAUCUACUUUCAUGCAAAGGAAAAACAACUUUUAUAAGGCUUUAUAUGGCUUUUAUUUUUCAAGAAUGCUCUGCCAGCGUUCUUUCCCUUCCUUGUCUUUAAAUGGACGUACAGUAGAUUAACGUUGGACUUCACCCUGACUUUUCAUACUCGGCUGAAGGCUUUUGUUUUAGAAUUGUCCUCAGACCUUUGUUGGAAAUAUACAUUUAUUUAUUAUUUUACUGUAACUCUGUUUCUAUUCUGCGUUUGAUCACAGAAACGCUCCUCAGGUUGUUUGUCUUACAAACAUGUGUUUCUGGAAGCAUUCAUUGGUUAUUAGGCAUUUAAAUCAGAUUGAAGACCUUUCAGCCACAGAUGAGUUUCUUUUUAUUUUCCACAGCUUCUUUUGCUAAUGAUGCCGACUGUAAACAAACCAAAUCUAUUUUCAACUUGUUUGUUAGGUCAACCUUAUUAAUCGAUUGACUUCAGUUAAAAAUGUGUUUUUUUGUUUUUUUCAAUGUAGAACGAAAGUCCUUCCUUUUUAAGACAAAUAUCCUCCCAGGCAUAAAUCUGUCAUCGUAACAUGAUUCACAAACAGUAGCCAACGUCUCUCUCCAGGAGAGUCCUGAAGAUGUCUGCCGGUUCUUUGUUUUGCAAAUGAUGCUCGUCUACGUUGAAUUGCAAAUAUGCCUCAAGGCCUGAAUAGACAAUGGAGUUUGUUUGUUUUUUAACAGACACGUCCGGGGUGGUGUUUGACACUCGGUCAAAAAUGGCCAUGUCCCAGGGAGGAACAACUGAGAGGAUGAAGGAGAAGAUCAGUGCCGUCAGGGCCGUUGUCCCCAACAAAAGUAACAAUGAGAUUGUUCUGGUUUUGCAGCAUUUUGAGAACUGUGUCGACAAGGCCGUUCAAGCUUUUUUAGAAGGCAGUGCGGUCGAGAUCUUGAAGGAGUGGAAUGUUACCGGCAAAAAGAAGCCCAAGAAGAAAAAGAAGCCCAAGCCUCAGCCGGAGGCUUCAGCAGAGCCGGCUCCGCCUGAGGCCACGCCGCCCGAGGAGGGCAAGGACGAGGUGAACGGCUUUCACGCCAACGGGUCGGUCGUUGAUGGAGAGUCUCUUGAUUCUCUGAGUGAGCAGUUGGACUCCGCCUCCCUGGAUGCGGUGGAGCUGGACUCUGAGCCCGCUACGUCAGAAACCCCCGGUGCAGAAGCAGAAAGUCAAGGUAGCGCUCCAAGUCCCCCCUUACAGCAAGGAGGGAGGAAUCACCAGGUUCCUAGAGGCAACAAGAACCGACACAGGCCAGGCUCAAAUUCACAUCCUCAUUCCUCAUUCCCACCCAUCAACGAUGAGCAGGGAUCAUCGGGAGUCAAGAAGAUGGCUCCCAACAUCGACCGCUCUGUGAAGGACCUGCAGAGAUGCACCGCCUCACUGACUCGCUACAGGAUAGUGGUGAAGGAGGAGAUGGACUCCUCCAUCAAGAAGAUGAAGCAGACGUUCGCCGAGCUCCUGAGCUGUUUAAUGGACAGAGAAGUGACUCUAAUGGGAGAAAUGGACAAAGUGAAAGCAGAGGCCAUGCUAAUUUUGGACUCCCGGCAGAAGAGAGCGGAGGAGCUCAGGAGGUUGACGGACCAGUCGGCGUCCAUGUCUGAGAAUCAGUUGACUGAGCUGCGUGCAGACAUCAAGCACUUUGUGAGUGAGCGUAAAUAUGAUGAAGACCUCGGGAGAGCUCUAAGAUUCACGUUUGAUCUUGAACCGCUGAAGACGAGCAUCUCCGGGUUUGGAUCAGUUUACCAUCCGCAUACGGGCUACUCAAAUCGGUCCCGCUGUAGCUCCACGUCCUCAUCUGUUGCCAGCCCAAGUCUGCUGGAGACUCCUCCCACCCAGACCCAGAGCCCCCCCAGUAUACACCGCCCUCCACCCAACAAACAGAUUUUCCACGGCAACAGGCGUACUUUCCAGGGACAAGGGUAUCACUCGGGGGGUCCGAGGUAUAACGGCGGUUACUACCCCGACAGAAGCGCCGGGCGUGCUAACCCCCGCUACCAGAGUGACGGUGCUUCUUCUGGUGGUUCCUCUGGUCCUUCCCAGCACCCGCACAGCUCCAGGGGUCCCCACCAUUCCUCCACAUCCUCCUACAACCAAGACCGACCCUCUAAUAAUGGGCUGCCCCAAAGGCCUCCGCGGAGGCCCUGCCCUUGACAUUACAAGAAUCCCGUGCUUAAUCAAACCCCGUCUACUAACCCUCGCACUUCCCUCCCCCAUAGCCUCCCCACACCCUCCCCUCUACGAACUCCUUUCAAUGAAGAAUAGAAUACAAGUUUACAUACUUCCGUCAGUUGAGCUGCAAUGCCACUUCGCUGAAUCUAUCCAUUCAUCCUUCAAACUUGAAACGCUCUCACGGUUCUAUAUCUGUUCUUCCUUUUUUGCAUUUCUCCCUCCCUGGUUAAGGUAACAGCUUCUAUCUUUAGGCCCACUUUGAGAGAUCUCAUCGCUAUCGUCGGUCUCUGUAACGGAUUCUUUUUGUCUGCCGGAGACUGAUGUGAUUACCUGCAACAAAUGUCUGCACUAUUGAAGUUGAACUCUUCGUACUAUUUCUGUUUUUGCGUGGCUUUACGUCGGCUCACUGACUUGCACGUUUGAUUUUUAUUUUAUUUUGUUCUCGUCCCGCAGAACCAUUUCAAUGCCUUCACGAUAGAAAGCGUAGUGAAAGUGCAAAAGUAGUUUAGCAGUAACAGAGAUUUUUUUAUUUUUUUUUGUCACGAGGAGAGUAGACGUGCAAUCAACACUACAGACUAUCGUUAAUACAAGGUAAGAACAAUUAAACAUAUCGAAACUGUACUCCAGAGCUUUUCAUAUGGCUGCUAUAAACCAUAGGGAACUUGUUAACACUAGGACUUCAAUGUGCUUGAGAGGAACUCUGUGGACACAGAGGAGGCCCUCUUAAAGCAACAGCUUCACGUUUGAGAAAUGACUCGUUCUCUUUCUUGCCAAGAGUUGGAUCAAGAGAUGGAUGCCAGUCUCAUAUUUGAAGACUAAAUUUGAAACUAUCACCAGCACAUGGUUAGCUUAGUUUAGCACAAAGACUAAAAGCGGUUAAGCGGUCCUAAUGUCACAAAAUCCAAAUUUCACAAAUUUUACACUUUGUCGUUUAUUUCGCAAAAUAACUUCAGUGUAAAAACUACAAGUUAUGGUUUUAUGGGAGUUUGUGUGCUCAGCAGAGCAAAGCUAGCUGUUGACUUUGUUUCCCGUCUUUAUGCUAAGCUAUGCUAAGCCGAUCAGCUGUUAGCUGUAGCUUCAUAUUUGCCGUACUGAUAUGAGGGUGGUAUCAAACUUAUCAUCCAACUCUCUGCAAGAAAACAAAUGUGCACAUUUCCCCCAACAGGUCAAGCUUUUCCUUUAAAUGCUGCCACACUGGCCAGCGGGGUGACUGUGCGCGCUGUGGUUGUAACACAGAGAGGGCUCAUUACAUACUUUUUGAAAAAACAUGUUCAAACUCACAACAAAGGAAACUGUCCUCAUGCUGUUCUAUAUUUAGCCCGUGACAUUUAUUCUGAUGAAUCUUCUUCCUCACGCACCGUUUCUUCUUCUUUAUGUUGCUGUUUGCACAUGGAGGGCAUAUUAAUGACAUGCUUGCCUUUAGUCACAGAGAGACUUCACAUUUGCCUUUCUAGAGACAUGUAUGUCUGCAUCAUGAGCUUUUUAACAGAUGGUACUGCGGGCGUGUGGUUUAUAAAUAUAGGUGAGAGGAUAAGAUCUUUUCUUCCCCUUUUUUUUUUUAUAUUCUCACGUUCACGAUCAAAAACUGUUGAAUGCAUUGGCAGGUUGUCUUUUUUUUUUUUUUUUUUUUGGUCCUAUGGGGGCCGAGAUGCUUUGAGGCUGAAGUCUCAUCGUAGUGUCCACAGCUGGUGUAUACCUCAUUGCUGAUGUUGUGGCACGUUUCCUCUGUGGGCUCUUAUUUAAGGGACCCCUGGUGAUUCCUCUGAUCUUCUUGUAGUUGUGUACGUACAGUGUGUGGAGCUGCAAGGCUGUAGUCAUAGACUGGUUGUUACAUAAUUGCUGCAUUUUCUUCAUAAUGUGUUGUCUUCCUUCGAGCAGUCUUUUGGAAGAAAAAUGAAUUCAUAAUAAGCCCCCCUGCCCCGCCCUUUUUUUUUUUUUUUUUAAUUUCUUCGUGGUUUUCUGAUGAAGGGGAGAUUUUUUUGUCAUAUUUGAGUUUUUACUUCAGUUAUUAUAUUAGUUAAUGUUGUGGCGAGAAGAGCGUUAACUCGUUUACGAUCUUUCUUAAAUAUGUGCUGUAACGACACAUAAAUAAGUUUAGGCUAAAAGGGAAAGUAUGACAUUUUGUGAAAUACUCAUUUCCUUUGUUACAGUUUGAAAACACUUCUGAUUUACCGUCGUCUCAUCUUUGUGUCGCUGGUAGAAGUGUUUUUAGUGAGAUUAGGCUCAUUGUUGCCCCCUGUGUGCGUUGGGGGGGGUGGAACAAAACAAAACACCUGAGGUUCUCAUCAAUGAUGGUGCAGCAACAAAAAAGUGAAAUGUAUGCUUUAUCGAAAGUGUUUUCAAACAGUGAAUGGUUUAACAGGAGCAAACACUUCAAUAAUGAAGAAUAACUGCUUGCUUUGGCGACUGUACACCUGGUUAAGCGCCCCACCUCCACUAAAGGAACUGUCUCACUCACACGGUCCUGAAGCUAGAAAACUCCUGUUUCCUGUCUUAAUGUGACAAAAACCUCCUACCAGCCCUGGUGACCUUCGUUUGUUUUCUUGAACAAAGCUAAGCUAGCUGUUUCUUAUCUAACUCAGUAAUGUAGUGAGAAAGUGUGUUUCCUGAAAUGUCAAACUUUUCUUUCAAUGCUCUCGGAGGUGGUAAAGACCUUUCUUGACUGGUGUUUUGGGGGCUACAUUUUGGAUGGAAAGCUGUCGGACAGAUGACGGAUCAAUCGGCUUGUAUUCCACAUAUCUCCAGUGAGCCCUGGAGGUGCUGGAUUCUUUCAGUCAUGACUCAGAGUAGAUCUAGUCUGCCUCACUUUAUCCACUUGUUUCCAAUCUGUAGUAACAUUAGGUUUUCACCAAAGAUAAUUUUGUCCUGUUUUGAAGUUGCUGCCUUUCCCCCCCCCCCCCCCCCUCAGCCUGUAAAAGAAUUCCAAAGGGGAUUAAUCCAAAACUUCACAUCUUCUUCUUCUUCUUCUACUUGAUCCCGCCCUACUUUACUUUCUGAUUCCUUACUGUAUAUACAUUUAUGUAGCUAUAUAAUUUUGUGCUCACAUGGGGCAUUUUGUAUGUGAUAUUCAUAUUAGGCAUAAUAGAGGUUAAAACAUCUCGUUCAUUCCUUCUUCCAGUAGACUGUGUCCUCCUCCUCAAAACUACUUUUCUGAGACAACUGUAAACUCAAGUGCCUUUUCUUGUCUCCCACCAAUUCAUUGACGUCCCCUCCACCAGAGUAUGGACCAAAGACAUCGACCGUCCCACACACCCCUGUUCUCUCUCUCUCGUUCUCUCUCUCUCUCUCUCGUUCUCUCUCUUUUCUCUCCCCCCCACUCACUGAAUUGCACACUUUUCAUUUACUAUGAAUAAACAGUUUGCAAUAC